AUACUGUUUUAAAUUUCUCAAAGACUUUUAGCAGAGCAAGAAACGGUGUGAAUCAAGUGGUGUCUUCUGUCUAUUUUCAUUCAAGAACAUGUGGACCCUUCAACAGAUGUUCCUGGGCAUCCUGGUUUGCCUGUUCAUCUUCAAAUAUCUAAAAAUGAAAUGGGAAGCUAGAAGCCUACCCCCUGGACCGUCCCCACUCCCUCUUAUUGGGAACCUGUGGACCCUAAACUUCAGCCUCAAUCCAGACACUCUAAACAAGAUAGCAAAACAUUAUGGGAACAUUUUCACAAUAUGGCUAGGACCCACUCCCAUGGUGGUACUGCAUGGCUGCCAAGCAGUGAAAAACGCUCUCGUUUCUCACUCUGAAGAGGUGUCUGGACGUCCUACAGACAGCUUUCUAAGGGACUUUUCAAAUGGAAAAGGUAUAGUAUCAUCCAAUGGACACAACUGGAAACAGCAAAGACGUUUUGGAUUAAUGACAUUAAGAAACCUAGGGCUUGGAAAACGUGGGCUUGAAUCACGAAUACAGGAGGAGGCUCAAUGUCUGGUGGAUUCCAUUAGAGCCACGAAUGGUAAACCUAUUGAUGCCUCCUACAUAAUUACGUAUGCUGUUGCAAAUGUGAUUUCCGAUGUUGCCUUUGGACAUCGUUUCUCCUUUGAUGAUGUCACUUUCCAGAAAUUAGUUGCAUGCAACAAUUACUUGACUGAAGGGCUGGCCUCGAAAUGGGGACGACUCUAUGAUGCAUUUCCAUGGCUCAUGCGACAUGUUCCUGGUCCCCACCAGAAAAUCUUUGAAACUAAGGAAUAUAUCGACAAUUUUGUAAGAAACGAGAUCAGAAAUCAUCAGGAAAACGAAAAAGCAGAAGAACCCAGUGAUGUGAUUGAAUACUAUCUGGAUAAGAUAAGAAAAACAAAGGGUGAACCUGAUACUACAUUUGAUGAGGCCAACAUGAUUCAGGUGGUUGUUGAAUUGUUUAUAGCUGGGACUGAAACUACAGUCACCACCCUCCAGUGGGCACUGUUAUUCAUGUUGGUUCACCCUGAUAUACAAGUGAAUAUACAAAAGGAGUUGGAUGCUGUUCUUGAAGGGCCCGCAGUGUAUUAUGAGGACAGGAAGAAGCUUCCUUACACUAAUGCAGUGAUUCAUGAAGUUCAACGCUUUGGAAGCAUUGCGUCUGUUGGCAUUGCACGGACCAAUAUAAAUGACAUGACACUCAAUGGAUAUUCCUUGAAGAAGGAUACCAUGAUUCUGGCUAAUCUUGACUCUGUGCUGCACGAUCCUCAAUACUGGGAAAACCCAUAUGCGUUCAACCCCAAUCACUUCUUGGAUAUAGAUGGGAACUUCUCACCCAAUGAGGCUUUCUUGCCAUUCUCUGCUGGACAUCGAGUAUGUUUGGGGGAACAGCUGGCUCGAUUCGAGCUCUUUAUCUUUUUCACCAUGUUGGUAAAGUCAUUUAACUUCCAUUUGCCAGAAGGAGUGUCAGCGGUCAACACAAAUUAUAUUGCAGAUAUCACACUGAAGCCUCACCCAUACAAGAUCUGUGCUGUACCACGUUAGGUACCAAAACAAACGUUUCAACUGGAUUACAUCACAAAUUCAUCUCACAUGUUGAACCAGAGUACAUUUUGUGAUCCUGAUCUCACACAAAAAUUUGAGAAACAGUAUAGAUUGUGUAUACAAUGUAUAUCAUGAAACUGCCGCUGUCUACAAAAAUAAAAGUGUCAGUGAAAGCA